GCAUACAGAGGAGAUGUUAUUCCAGAGGAAGUUACUGUUCCCAUCCUCACCGACGAAGGAGUGAUCAAAAUAUACCCAUCUGCUAUUUUGGAGAAAAGGAUGAUAAAGAGAAAGAACUCGGCAGUGGUUCAAUGGCUUGUCCAAUGGGUGAAUAUGUCGAAGGAAGAAGCCACUUGGGAGGAUGCAAUCUAUAUCAUGAAGCAAUUUCCUGAAAUCCAACCUCCUUGGGGACAAGGAGUUAGUCGAGGGGAGGGAGGUGUUACGCAUUAG